CGGAUGAAUAUUGAAAUGGCUAUUCAACCUCAACAGCAAAUAUCCCAAACCGCACGAGCUGCGUCGCCACGCAAGUAUGCGAUCGCGCGAAACUCCACUCUCUUCUUCUCCUUCCUCGUCUCUUUCCUCUCUCGCCCUUCUCGCGUCGCGUUUCUCCGCGAUUCGGGAGGCGCAGGAGCGAUGGAAGGCUCGCGAAGCAAGAGAGAAGAGGAGGAGAAUGGAGAGACCCGUGCGGAGGGAUCCAUCCAUGGCUUCGAAUCCCUACACCGCCUCCUCGAGGCCCACCUCGAGCCCCCUCUCUUCCAGGAAGUGAGCCGCAUGUUGUUGGGGCUAAACUGCGGGCGCCCUCUUGAGCGAUUGGCCUUGCCGGAUGCUGCGGCUUCUCUCUCCACGCAACACAAUUUUGAUCUGCAGGCUUUCUGCUUCUGUGCUGACAAAGAGCUAUUGCGGCAACCUCGAAUAGCUCGUGUUGGUCUUAUUCAGAACUCUAUUGCUCUUCCCACUACUGGCCAUUUUGCUGAACAAAAAGAAGCUAUCAGGGAGAAAGUGAAACCCAUGAUCGAAGCUGCUGGUGCUUUCGGUGUCAACAUCUUAUGCUUACAGGAAGCUUGGAUGAUGCCUUUUGCUUUUUGCACGCGUGAGAAGAGAUGGUGUGAAUUUGCAGAGCCUGUUGAUGGUGAGUCCACUCAGUUUCUUCAGGACCUCGCACGGAAAUAUAACAUGGUUAUUGUGAAUCCAAUUCUCGAAAGAGACGUGAAUCAUGGAGAAACUAUAUGGAACACUGCUGUUGUAAUUGGAAACCAUGGCAAUAUAGUUGGCAUUCACAGAAAGAAUCACAUUCCAAGGGUGGGGGAUUUCAAUGAGAGCACAUAUUAUAUGGAAGGGAACACCGGACAUCCAGUUUUUGAAACAGCCUUUGGGAAGAUCGGGGUGAACAUCUGUUAUGGAAGGCAUCAUCCUUUGAAUUGGAUGGUCUUUGGCCUCAAUGGGGCUGAGAUCGUCUUCAACCCUUCCGCAACUGUUGGGGAGCUUAGUGAGCCAAUGUGGCCAAUUGAGGCACGGAAUGCUGCCAUCGCAAACAGCUAUUUCGUCGGAUCAAUAAAUAGAGUUGGUACUGAAGUCUUCCCAAACGCAUUCACUUCUGGCGAUGGGAAGCCCCAGCAUUCUGACUUCGGGCAUUUUUACGGUUCGAGCCACUUUUCAGCCCCGGAUGCGUCGUGCACACCGUCUUUGUCGCGAUAUCGAGAUGGAUUAAUGGUGUCGGAUAUGGAUCUAAACCUGUGCCGCCAGAUAAAAGACAAGUGGGGUUUCCGCAUGACAGCCCGCUAUGAGUUGUAUGCAGAAACGCUAGACAAGUACCUAAAACCAGAUUAUGUGCCCCAAGUCAUUGUCGAUCCCACGUUGCAGAAGAGGCUAUAGUAUUUGGAGCAAGCAAGGUAAAACACGAUGUUCCAAAUUAAGAGAAUAUAGCAUGUUAUGCCAUUCUCUCUUACAGAUCAGUCUUGUGGCCUCUUCUCCUGCUCUGUAUAUAAUUGUUGCUUAGGCUGUUCAACUGGCAGUUACAGUUACAGGUUGUGUUCUACUCGACAUCAAUUGUUACCGAGUAUCAAACAUGAUUUCCUUGUUUGUUAUGUUGUUGUGACAUUCUCUACUGCAUUCCAUGCUUGUUUCAUACUGGAGUGUUUCCCAAAUGAUUUUUGAAGUUCUUUUUUUUCUCAAA